AUGGAUUUGCUUCCCCUAUAUCUGGUUCUCUCACCCUCUGCUCUUGCCGACAUCAGUUUCUCUCGACAUCGCCUCCAUCGCGCCGCUUCCGCCUCUCGCUCCACUUUCCAGAUCUACACAUAUGUCAAAGCAUCGAUAAGGCCCGCCGCUUCUCCGACAUUGAUAUCCGACCAGGGUCAUGACGCCUACUCUAGCGAAGGAAACCCAAUCGUUGCGCCUGCCUCUCUCUUGGUCGACGGACUGGGUAGAUUCGAAGAGAAAGUUGAGAUCGCCGACAAAAUCAUGUCAAUCGGAGUUGGGAAUUUUAAGGGUGGUGGCGCAAUUGGACAGGGAAGACAAGAAGAGCCGGGAUAUCUCCCUCCGACGAGGACCUGGAAACUUGAAUCGAGGACGAGACACCAAGGGAAACUUCUCUAG